AUAAAAAAAGUGCUGAAAAAAUGCCAGCGUUUUUCCCCUUCUGAACUACAUUUCCCCUGUCCUUGGUGGAUCAGUCGCAAUUUCUACGUCAUAUAUUUUCCUUCGUCACACGGCAGAGCAGUUGGAAGGUCUACCGGAGCAGCAGCUGUAACAUGGCAGAUGAAGAGGAGUCGGCGCCGGAGCCCCUCGCUGUCUCUCCGCCGGGCAGCCCUCACACCGGGCGGCCUCUCUCCGUUUCUUUCUCUGACAGCGUUCAGCCGGCCGUCGGGAUGAUGAGCCAACUGCUAACCCAGCCGUCCUCCUUGAAGUUUGACAAAAACAUCAAACAGGCCUUCUACAACACCGGGGCGAUGAUCUUCGUGGCUAUCUGCUGCGGGGCGGCUGUUCUGGUGUACUUCAUCUUGGAGGCCUUCCUCCGCCCGCUGCUCUGGGCAGUUCUCUGCGGCACCUUCCUCCACCCUUUCAAGUACUCCCUGGCUCGGCUCGGCCGCUCGUGGCUCAGCGGGCUGCAGGACACCGGGACGCCCAUCGUCGUGGGGACCCUGCUGGUGCCCGUGUGGUGCGUCAACUACGGGGUGGAGGCGAUAGGCAAGCUGGUGCUAGAGAGGCUCACGGUUCUGCUGGUGAUCGGUGCCGGGGCACCGCUGGUUUACUUCCUCUACCUCUUCUGGAGUGUCAUCGGUAUGCAGGUGAUCAUCGGACACGUCUGCUGGGUCGUCGGUGUGCUGCUGGACUGUUUCCACGUUGUGUGGGUGUGCAGUGUGGUGUUUGGCUACCUGCUGGCCGUCUGUCUCAAGUGGAGUCCUCAAACCGAGCGCUACCUGAGGGCUCUCGCUCUUCCCGUUUGGACUGUACUGCUCUUCUACAUCGUCUCUUUGACCGGCUCGUGGAGGGUGCCAGUAUUUAUGGUGGUGGUGGCGCUCCUCAUCGUGGGCUUCCAUCAGAAACCCCCUGUCCCAGGAAAAGGAGAACUGCCAGGAAAGAUGCUCUCAUUGGCGGCAAACACGAUCUACAUGGCCAUUUCCUGCAGCAACCUGCAGCCAAAAACUGAGCUCAGAGAGACAACCAGCGCAGUAGAUCCCCUGCCCCCCACUCCGGGCUUCUCUCGCCCCUUUAAGGCCGGGCUCCAGCUGAAAGAGAAAAGCAGUCGGAAAGCCAGCGACAUCUAUUUCAUCUUGCUGGUCUGGGCCAUCGUGCUGGUCCAGAUGUGGCUCAAUUUCUGGAUCCUACAGCUGCUGCCCAUCCCUGUGGCUGUUUGGGUGUUGAAGAAGCUGGUUGUCCACUUUGGUGUGAAGAGCUUUGCAGAGCGGACUUUGAGCUCAUGGUGGACCGUGUUGGAGAAGUUCGUAUGGGAACGUGAGGAGGCCUUGUUGCCCAGACCAAUCAAAGGCCUCACUCAGUUCCUGCUCCGCAUCGACACUAAGCUCUGGCAUUGGCUUAACAAGCAGAUGAUAGUGUGGUUGGAGCGAUCGCUGGAUAAAAUCAUCAGCAUCUUCAUCAUCUUCCUCCUGGUCACAGGCACCCUGCUCAUGGCUCUUCUGCUCACUGCUAUGGUUCAUCAAGAAAGCGCUCACAUCAUCGAGAUAACCAGUAACCUCAUCAACGAGACUCUUUCCAGUCACCCAGAAUGGGCCAAUUGGCUUCCAGAAGCUCGUGUCGUGCAGAAAGCUCUGAAUUCAGCUGCUACUAAUGUUUAUCAGCAUGGGAGGGAAUGGAUAACACAGAAGCUUCAUAAGAUGUUGGGAGAUAAGGUGAACAACACAGCGGUGAUCGAGAAGCAGGUUUUGGAGCUUUGGGACCGACUGUACCAUUCCUGGUUUGUGAAGAAUGUGACUAGCUCUGGGCGCCACCGUGGGUACAAGAUGAUGGGCCACAGGCAGAACAGCUGGUUAGGGGACAUCCUGGACUGGAAGGACAUCGCCUCUUUCCUGCAGGAGAACAUCGACACUCUGCUGUCUAUCUUGGAGUCUCUGUGGGUAGUGAUGAGCAGGAAUGUUGGCCUCCUCAUCUCCACCACCACCACUCUCCUUACCGUGUUGUUCCACAGCGGCACGGCGCUGCUCAACUUUGCGCUGAGUCUGGUCAUUUUCCUCACCACUCUGUUCUAUCUGCUGAGCUCCAGCGGUGAGUACUACAAACCCGUCAAAUGGGUCAUCAACCUGACGCCCCUCUCCCAGCCUGGACCCUCCUCCAACAUCAUCGGCCAGUCUGUGGAGGAAGCCAUCAGAGGGGUGUUUGACGCCUCCCUAAAAAUGGCAGGCUUCUACGGCCUCUACACUUGGCUCACCCACACCAUCUUUGGCAUCAACAUCAUCUUCAUUCCUUCUGCUCUGGCUGCCAUCCUGGGUGCUGUGCCGUUCCUGGGGACCUACUGGGCGGCGGUGCCGGCCGUGUGCGACCUGUGGCUGGCACAGGGGGAAGGUGUCAAGGCCGUGCUGCUGCUCAUCUGCCAUCUGCUCCCGACAUAUUUCGUGGACACAGCCAUCUAUUCUGAUAUAUCAGGGGGGGGACAUCCGUACCUCACAGGUCUGGCAGUUGCAGGUGGAGCGUACUAUCUUGGCCUAGAGGGGGCGAUCAUUGGGCCCAUCCUCCUCUGCAUCCUGGUGGUGGCAGCAAACAUCUACAGCGCCAUGCUGAUGAGUCCCAGCUCUGCACUCCCCACACCAGUUCAGCCAAAUUGGCCCACACACACAAUGAGGGCCUUCGCAGAGUCCACUCCCUCUGUGCUGAAGAAGACCACUGAGUCCAAGUAAGAAGGUGCACCCCUGCAGAAUAUCAUAUGGCUUCAGGGAAUCGCUUCCUGCCUCAGAGCUCCUCUGAAAGCUGGCAGGCUCCGCGGGCUCGACUCGGACCAAGAAGAGAGGGAGACACAGUGAUUCCUGGUGCUUCCCAGAGCGAGCUGAUUCUCAAUAAGCAAACUGAUCCCAAACCCAGACUAAUGCCAGCACACUGGGUUUCUGAUAUUGUACGACAGAGAGCUUGAUGCUAAUCCAUCAUCUUUCUGAAUUCAGUGCCUAAUUUAUUUUGUGAUAUUGGAAAAAAAAAAGCCUGAAAUCCUUUGGUGGUUACUUGUUAGAUGAUCUAUUUUGUCUACAAAGCCCCAGAUGUCUGCACUCCCUGGCUUCAUUGAAGCUGCUAACCUGUUUGUGGUUGAGCAGCGUUUGUACUCCCUACCUCCCUUUAACAGAGGUCCAACCAGGACCCAGAAGAUGAGCUUUUAUGUUUUUUUUCUUCCUACUUCAUUGAUACCGGAGCUAUAAAAGACUGGCGGUCCAGGCUCAGUCUGCGCCGUUGAAUUUCUUUUAAACUUUACGGUUGAUUCAAAGGUAAAUGUCUCUGGUUCAGACUGACGAUGACUACUUAAGUGAUUACAUGUCCUAUUUUCACACUCUAUACAUCACAAGAAAGUAGGUUAACAUGUUUUAUUUAUUCAUGUGAAGCUUUAAUGUUUCCAGCACAUGCAUGACCACACUGACGGACACCCACCUUCAUCGCACCUUAAUCUCCACACACAUUACCGUUGUUAGGUUUUAACAACGUUGUCACGUUUUGCAUUUCAGACACUUUACUAUGAAUAUAAGCACUUUGAAUAAAGUUGUUUUACGUCAUGUGAAGCUUUAAUGAGCAGGCAGUACAGAUGUGUUCAGUUUGUACAGUGAUGUUAAACACUGAUCAUUCAGCUAAUGUGUUAGCUGUCUGAGGGUGGGGAGAUGUUGGAGCGAAACCAAUGAGCACAGAGUUUAACCCAGACACUUUAUUUUUUCUUUGCUACAGUUGCUGUGUUUUUUAUUGAUAAAUAUGCACUGAAUAAACUGAAUAUAAACCA